AUGUCAGAGAGAAAGGCUCUGAUCAAAAAUGCUGAUAUGUCAGAGGAGAUACAACAGGACUCAGUGGAGUAUGCUACUCAGGCGUUGAAAUAUAACAUAGAGAAGGACAUUGUGGCCCAUACUAAGAAGGAGUUUGACAAGAAGUACAACCCCACCUGGCACUGCAUCAUGGGGACAAACUUUGGUAGUUACAUGACACAUGAAACCAAACACUUAAUCUACUUCUACCUGGGCCAAGUGGCCAUUCUUUUUUUCCAAUAUGGUUAA